ACUACAAUAAUAUAUGUAUACUUAUUACACUCAUUCAACACAUAUAUUUAAGUAAAUUUGCAUGUGUUCUGUCAUGUUGAAAGCGAUAAUCUUCCAACCGAUCUCCACCUUCUGAUUUAUUCUAACAAAAACCAGUCCACCAUCACUCAAACCUAUUUCCCACAUCUCUUACAAAAACUUCUCAAACCUUAUUUCCUCUAACUAACUAUAACACCAAAAAAAAAAAACACAAGUAGCACCACCUUAAAGCAUGUCGGUAAAAGAAUGCGACCACCACAAAGGAAAGAAACACAAACUCUUCAAGAAGAUUUUCUGGGGAAUAAUAAUCUUCUUAUUCAUCAUACUAGUCACAAUUCUUAUCAUAUGGGCAAUCUUAAAACCCUCUAAACCUUCUUUCAUUCUCCAAGACGUUACCGUUUACGCUUUCAACGCCACAGUUCCAAAUUUCCUCACUUCAAAUUUUCAAGUCACAGUUUCUUCACGUAACCCCAACGACAAAAUCGGUAUCUACUACGAUCGUCUCGAUGCUUACGUCACUUACCGGAGUCAGCAAAUUACUUACCGGACCGCCAUACCUCCGUCGUAUCAAGGCCAUAAAGAUGUCGACGUUUGGUCACCGUUUGUUUACGGAACUAACGUCCCUGUUGCUCCUUAUAACUUCGUUGGUUUAAGUCAGGAUCAAACUAACGGUAACGUCCUUGUUAUCGUUAAACUUGACGGAAGGGUUAGGUGGAAGGUUGGUGCUUUUAUCUCUGGUCAUUACCAUCUUUAUGUCCGUUGUCCUGCUUUUAUUACUUUUGGUCCUCAGAGUAACGGAAUUGCUAUCGGAGAUAACGGCGCCGUUAAGUAUCAGUUGGUUCAACGGUGUACCGUUAGCGUUUGAUUAUUGAUCAACGUUGUUCAGUUCAGUCAACGCCGUUAAGUCCUCUGUUCUUCUCUGCUCCUUGGUGCGGUGAUAUAUUACUCUGUUUAGUAUAUUGUUUACAUUUACAUACGAUAUUUUUCGUUUUUAUUUUAUUACACGUGUUCAUUUUUAUUUUCAUCCACGGUAUUUGAAAUUGUACAUUUUGUUGUUAUAGAAUACUAAUAAUUAUGUACUUGGAGCUAUAUGAAAAAUUGAUGGAGGAAACAGAGAUGUACUAGAGAAAAUUUGCAAAUAUGUAUUGUAAUACUUGCUAUUUUAGCUAAAUCAAUACAUUAAUAAAUAAAUUUUUUGUGUCAAUUUGGAUA